AUGAUAGAGUUUGUUUUGUUUUUAGGGGUGUGCUUUGCUUUGGGUGGUUUAGCAGUCGCUUCUAAUCCCUCUCCUUAUUAUGGGGUGCUAGGAUUAGUGGUAGCGGCUGUUGCUGGUUGUGGUUGGUUGGUUAGUUUGGGGGUUUCUUUUGUGUCUUUGGUACUUGUUAUGGUUUAUUUGGGUGGGAUGUUGGUGGUGUUCGUUUAUUCGGUUUCGUUGGCGGCAGACCCGUAUCCUGAGUCCUGGGUGAGUUGAGGGGUAGUUGGUUAUGGUCUUGGGAUGGGUUUGGUUGUGUUAGUGGGUCUUGUUAUGGGGGGUGUGUUGGGAUUUUUAGUGGGAGAGAAUACUGUUAAUAGUGGGGGAUUAUUGACGGUUCGAUCGGAUUUUAGUGGGGUGGCUGUUCUUUAUUCGGAGGGAGUUGGGUUACUUUUAAUUGGUGGGUGAGGGCUGUUAUUGACUUUGUUUGUGGUGUUGGAGCUUGUGCGGGGGUUGUCUCGGGGGGCGAUUCGGGCUGUUUAG